AUGAAGAACAAAAAUACUAAGAAAAGAAUUCCUGUAGAAAAAGAAAAUGGCUUUGAAAAACCGAAUUUUCAUCCUUGGAAAACUGUUGGAAUUUUUGAUACUGAAUAUAAAAAAAGAUUUUUAUUUGAAAAUCGGAAAAUGUCAAAUAUUAAAAAAAUCCAAGUUAAUUGUAAUCCAUAUAACAAAAGAUCAAAAAAGCUUGAGACUAAUAUGAAAGUAAAUAAUAAUUUAACUAGAGCCAGAAUGAAUUUUAUUUCAAAAAAAAAAAUUAGUUUUAGAUUAUGGUUAAAUCGCAAAGUAAAAAAUAUAUUCAAAUACCUCUAUAUAUUUAUCAAAUUAAUUAGUUUAUGGCUUAUAAUCGGAACAUUCUUCUUAAUUAUUUGGAAUUCAGUUAAUCAUUUAGCAAAUUACCGUGAAAUCAAAGUUAUUGGUACUCAAUUAUUUGAUCAAUUAAUCAAAAAACAAAAUUUUGUAAAUCUAAUUAAACAAAAAGAAAUUGGAUUAUUUUCUGUGGAUUAUUAUGAUGAGACAACCAAUUUUGUUGAAUUCCAGCAAAAAAUUAAUGAUAUUGAGGAAAAAAUUAUUGCAUUAAACAAAAAAAUUGCAAUUUUAGCAGAUAUUAAUGAAUUUUCUAGAAUUAAUCAAACUCAUUUAGAAAGUGAUUUUCAAGAAUUAAUAAAAAAUAAGACAUUUAUGAUUGAAAAUGAAAUUAUUCAAUUAAAUACAAAACUCGUACAGGAAAUCAAAUCUGUCAAAAAUGAUACUUCAAUUUUCUUUAAACAUUUUAAUAAUUCAAUAAAUGAUAUUAUAACACAAACAAGUAAUAAUUAUAUACACAAUGAUACUUAUGAAGAAAUAGAAGGUCAAAUAAAACUAGUUCUUAGUAAUUUAACGGAACAUGAAAGAUUUAAUUUAAGAUUAAGAAAGGAUUUGGAUAAUAUUAUUGAAGAAAUUAAAUUAAUUGAUGAUGCACAAGAUGUAUUAAAAAGUAUGAUCUGGUCAAUGAAUAAAAGAAAUGAAGAAAUAUUAACUUUUGGUUCAGGAAAUCCAAUACUAAAUUCCCCAACUAGUACUUUUCAAAGUUCUGAAAUCGAAAUUUAUCUUAAAAAGUUACUUGGAACUCAAUUGGAAAUGCAAGGAUAUAAUCAAGUUGAUUGGGCCCAAUCAAGUAUGGGAGGAAAAGUAAUUAGCCCAAAAAGUAAUCAGUACUGUGAGACAGAAAAAUAUGACGACAGAUCAAUAAUUAUUAAGAGUUUAGAAUAUUUUCAAUAUAAAUUCUUUAAAUUUUUUACUGGAAAAAAGUUUGGAAAAUUGAAUAUUCCUAUUUACAAUUCUGAAUGUUUUGAACCAAAUCAACUCAUUAAAUCAAACCAAGAAAAAACUAUUGGGAGUUGUUUUUUUUCUGAAAUUGGUACCAGUAUAGAUAUAGAAUUAUCUACCUUAAUUAAUGUAACAUCUGUGGGGAUAGAACAUAUAUUGUUCCCUUUAGAAUAUGAUAAUGGAGACACUGUUCCAAGAAAAUUUUCAGUAAAGUGCCUAGAAGGAAGUUCAUUUGAAGAAUACAAAUAUGGUUAUUUUAUGUAUCAUUAUCCUCAAAAUGGUGAAAGUCUUCAAAUUUUUCAGGUUAAUUCAACAAAUCGUUUCUGUAAAAAGGUGAGAUUUACAAUACAUUCAAGUUAUGGAUCCAAAUACUUUUGUUUGUAUAAAUUAAGAGUAUAUGGUAAAAUGGUUAAUAUUAAAUUGGUUUCUCAAGUCAAGAAAAGUUAUUUUUUGAAAUUUUUUUUAAAAAUAAUUACAAAUUUUUCAAAAAUAGUUAAAAAAAUAUCAAUUAUUGUAAAAAAUGACAUAUUAACCUUAAAUGAUAUAUUACUUAGUUGUUUUAAAUAUAUUAAAAGAAAAUUACAAAAACAAAAAAAUGAACAAGUAAGAUAUAAAGAGAAUAAUUUAAUUUUAGGCUAUAAAGUAAAUCAAGAAAAUAAAAAGGGUUAUAUUAAUAAAUUUCAUGAAAAAGAGGAUUUUGAUAUGAAAAAUAAUAGCAAUUUUUCUCAAUAUAAAAAGUUUAAGAUGAUAAAUAAUAAUAAAAGAGAAAGGGUAAUACAAUAA